AUGGAGCCAAAUGGGACUCCAUUCCGGAAGCUUCAUGUAUUUGCCCAAAGUCUACUCGAAACUCUGAGCUGGGCGGGCAUAAUUGAUUUGAUCGACGGGAUGAAAUUGACCGAGGAAUGGGGGGCAACACAACUUGGUCUUGACAAGACGAGUGAUGUUGCCCGGGCGUUAGACAAGAACGAGAAAAUCCGCGCCUCUGUUCCUCUCACCAUGGGAUCCUGUUUUCUAGAGGUAGACGAGGGCCCUGUGAACCUAAAGCACAUCUGGAACAACGAGGUACGAGCGAAGGAAAUGAGGAUUGGAGAAGAGACACCGAAAGAAGUAUUUGUCACUAUGUUUUGUACCAAAGACGAUGAAGGUCCUCGACUGAGGAACAGACUAUUCUGCUAA